GGAACUUUGUGCAGUUAGCUGAAGAGGAACAAGAAGGGGGAAGCUGUUGCCCUUUUUUUUUUGUACAGUAUUUGUUCUGCGUAGUCCUUCAGACAAGUGGAGCCGGCCUCUGAGAAGUAAAAACGAAAGUUUAGAAUAUCAGCGGUGCUGUUAGGAAUUAAGUUAAAGCCCAAGGCUCCAAAAGACAACGCUGUAGGUAGUGGCAAACACUCCUCAUCUAAAGUUGCCCAAGGAAAGGAGGAAAAGUUUCAUCAAGGGAGCAGUCAUGCUUCCAGUGUGAGCUUACACACUGAAAUGGCAGUUUUGGCAGAUGGAGAGCCCAAGACCGGAGAAAAGGCAGGUGAAAGGAGGCUGUCCUGGCCUAUUUUACUGCUGACCAUCGCUGCUGUUACCUCCUCUUCUUUGUCAGCUUUGUCCCUGUACCAACUGGUGGCUCUAAGAGCAGAGGUGGAGGGACUCAGAGCAGAGGUCUGUCGCAGGAGAGAGGAGGGACGGGAGUCUAAACAUGGAUGUCAGACUGAGAAAUUCAGCAGCAAGAGAAGCAGCCAGGAGCCUCCUCAACAACCACAGUCUCAACAUGCUUCCACCAUGAUAAGGAGGAGAAGACUGGUUGUUGGAGGGGAGCCACAUGUUCUUCAACCUUGCUUGCAGUUGUUGGCAAACCAUGACAGGAAAACCUUCAGCAAAGAGUUUACCUCAGAGCUGCACACAGGCAUCCCCUGGCAGACUGGGCUGAGGAGAGGAACAGCGCUGGAGGCAGACGGUGACAGCCUGUUAGUCAGAGAGGAGGGCUUCUACUUUGUCUACAGUCAGGUCUUUUACACAGAUGACUACUUUGCAAUGGGUCAUGUGUUGAUCAGAAGGAAGAGGAAUGUGGUGGGAAAUGAGCCUCAGUAUGUGGUCUUGUUCCGCUGUAUCCAGAACAUGAACCCAGACUACCCUUUUAACACCUGCUACACAGGAGGUAUCGUGAAGCUGGAUGUUGGGGACCACUUGGAGCUGCUGAUCCCUCGUUCUACAGCUAAUGUGUCCCUAGGGGGGGACGACACCUUCAUGGGGGCCAUCAAACUGGUGUAAUGUUUGUCACCUCAUUUUUCGCCACAAAGAAGCUGUUACAGUUGAAGUAAAUGGAGAAGACGAACAUUUAUUGCAUUGGUUUAAGUACCUUAAGCUACAGUUAUAUGAUCUCAGUAUGUACCCUGUUUCAAAACAGUGUGUUGUAAAUAAACGUAUUAACUACUUUGCUUCAAAUAAGAACAGUAAAGAGAUGAGGUCUGCCUUAUAGAGUAAAAGUUAACCAUGUAUUGGUUUUAAAGCUUGUAUAAACAUUGUUUUGUGCAAAAAAAGAGGAAACCAGGCACUCCAAACAUGAAAUAUGUAAAAAUGAGGAGGGAAAUACUUAAAAUCCUUAUCAUAAUGGCCAAAUCAUUUAAAAAGCUAGUAUCUUAGCUAAAGUAAUCAUAACAAAGGUGUAAGUAAUUUCUAUCCUCAUUUUUAUUUUAAAUUUUCAUGUUUGGAGUGCCUGGCUUCCUCUUUUUAUAAAGGGCAUUAUUCCCCCAUUCUCCAAAAGCACCAACCUUUGUUUUACAGUUCUUAGCUUAAGUCACAUAGAGCAGUCAGUCACACCCCUUUUAUUUCUAAAGAUUGUUUACUGUUGUAUUUU